AUGCAAAUCUCGAAAUUGAAAUGUAGCAUUAUGAUGGGAUUUGGAAUGUUUCAAAGCACACUCAAAGGAGCUUUAAGCCACAUAUCACAGCUUAGAUCGCUUCCCAAGAAUACCAGAAUGGUCCACAACAAAGUAACUAUCAUUGGGUCAGGCCCAGCCGCCCAUACCGCCGCUAUCUACCUCGCAAGAGCGGAAAUCAAGCCCACACUGUACGAGGGUAUGUUCGCCAAUGGUGUGGCCGCUGGUGGCCAGCUCACCACCACCACAGAGAUCGAAAACUUCCCUGGGUUUCCAGAGGGUCUCACCGGUAGCGAGCUCAUGGACAAGAUGAAAGAGCAAUCAGAGCGUUUCGGUACCGAAGUGAUCACUGAGACCGUGGCCAAGGUAGACGUGACGUCGAGACCAUUCAAGUACUGGACUGAGUUCAACGAAGACGCUGAGCCUAAUACCACAGACGCCUUGAUUCUAGCAACAGGCGCUUCAGCCAAAAGAAUGAACCUCCCCGGCGAGGAAACCUACUGGCAGCAGGGUAUUUCGGCUUGUGCCGUGUGUGACGGUGCCGUGCCCAUCUUCAGAAACAAGCCUCUAGCCGUGAUUGGCGGUGGUGACUCUGCCUGUGAAGAAGCAAGCUUCUUGACCAAGUAUGGUUCCAAAGUCUACAUGUUGGUGAGAAAGGACCAUCUACGUGCCUCGACCAUCAUGCAGAGACGUGCCGAGAAGAACGAGAAGAUUGAAAUCUUAUACAACACUGAGGGUCUCGAGGCCAAGGGUGACGGUAAGUUUUUGAACGCUCUCAGACUUUUGAAUAACAAAACGAAGCAGGAAUACGACCUACCCGUCAACGGCCUGUUCUACGCUAUUGGUCACACUCCAGCCACCUCAAUCGUUGCUGGACAAGUCGAUUUGUAUGAAAACGGGUACGUGAAGACUGUUCCUGGCAGCGCCAUCACCUCUGUCCCUGGUGUUUUUGCCGCCGGAGAUGUCCAGGACUCCAGAUACAGACAAGCCAUCACUUCCGCAGGUUCUGGUUGUAUGGCCGCGUUGGAUGCCGAAAAGUUUUUGGCCGAACAAGAAUAA